GAAAAUGGUUACCUACCCGUACGAAAGUUUUAGCUAGCCAGAUUUGCUACUAGCUAUUCGCAAGCUAUUUAUCAGGCAGAAAUUCUCAAGUUAAAUUAAUCUUGCAAAUUUUCAGCUACGGUUAAGCUAUAAGUCUGCUGCUGCUGCUAGAAAUUCCGUCUUUAAAAAAUGACGUCUCAACGAUUUAACCCUGGCCGCCAUAAGAAAACAUUAAAAAGAAGAGCUACCACUGCCGUCGAUGCAGAUUACAAAUUGAAGGUUUUAAGAACUGCUGUGGUGGAAAAUGCUGACGAAGGUGCUGUGUCGGAAGUGGAACAGUUAGUGUUGAUGUCUACUGGUCCAGCAGCAGAAAAUUUGCUGGACCGUGCAUGCCCGGAUGAUGAGUUUGACUCAGCUGAGGCCUCAGCUAUCUUCAACGUCACAGAUAGUGGAAGUCGCAGUCAAGCUUCAAGAUCAGAAAGUACUGUACUUACAGAUUACCUUCGAUCAACAAAUGCCGCUGUGUUAAAAACAUUUCCGGCAUCCACAUCCACUGAACUUGAGUUGUCUUUGGGUGAUGGUGAUGAAGACGAAGAAUCUCUAAACAGUGAUGACACUGAUGAUGAAGUAAGUUUUAAAUAAUAAUUAUUCGAUAACAAAGCUGCAGUAUAGACUAUACUUAUAUAGUCCUAUCAUUAUAGUAUUUAACAACUCUAUAGGGUUCAUGACUCUCAAUAAAAUAUCCAUAAAAAUGCUACGGUUUUAAGAGCAUUUUAUUUAUGUAUUUUACUUUUUGUUUACAUGAUAUUUUCCAGAACAAUAAAUUACAGUUUUUUGGUACACGUGAUAUUGUUUUUUUUGUCUAAAGUAUUUUCAGAAAAGGUAAACUAUAGAAAUUUGAUAAAAGAUCGUUGCUUUAUUAAGAAAGUUGAUAUAUCAUAUUAUCAUGAUACAAUGUGGUGUAAAUUAUAGUUGUUUACCCGUUUAUUAAAAAAGCACCAGGUAAAUGGGGACAUAUUUUAUCCAUGUAGAAAAACUAUGCUUUUUGUAUUAAAAUAUUACUAUGAGAGUCGCUACCUUCUCUUGCCGGUAUGAUUUAUUUUUAUUAAGAUGUAUUAUCUAAUAAUUCUUGUUCAAUAUUAUAUUUUGUCAAAUAAUCUAUCUGUUGUUGGUAUUACAAAUGAAAAACACACACAAAAAUUGUAAAUAUGUUAUCCGAGUGAUGAGCAAUAAGUUGCAGUAUUAAUACAGUAGUUUUUAAAUCCCG